CCCUCGAGAAAAUACUCGCUGUUAAAAGUCAGUCGCCUGUAAUUUUUCACAGAACUCUGAAAGGUUUUGACGGGUUCAAGAAACUAAAUUUAAAACUACAGGCGGUGAAAGAAGCUCUGUAUCUAAAAGCCCUCUAUAUUUACUGGAGCCGAGAAUGGCAGAUGACGAAGAGGAUCAAGGAUUUGAUGAUGACUUGGAUGAGAGCGGUAACGGAGCUGAUGUUGGCCAUGGCAAAAGAAAGAGGCUGUUCUCCAAAGAACUCCGCUGCAUGAUGUACGGAUUUGGAGAUGAUCAAAACCCGUACACUGAAUCAGUGGACAUACUGGAGGACCUAGUGAUCGAAUUCAUCACCGAAAUGACACACAAGGCGAUGUCCAUUGGACGUCAAGGCCGUGUUCAGGUGGAGGACAUCGUGUUUCUCAUCCGUAAAGAUCCAAGGAAGUUUGCAAGAGUCAAAGACCUUCUGACCAUGAACGAAGAAUUGAAGAGAGCACGCAAAGCCUUCGAUGAAGCGAAUUAUGGAUCCUAGUCUGCGCAAUGACUGUCCACAGAGUUUCCUGUCACCUACUUUUAAUUGGAGUGCAUUAACAUUUACGGGUUUAAUGUUUCUGUCCUUGGGGGAGGGCUAAUCAGCUGUUGAAUUGUCCUUUUUAUUUAGUUUUGACCUGAUAUUGCAUUCUAAGAUGUGUCUUCUACGAGUAGCUUCGACUGAUACCUCUGAUAUGACAAUGACAAUAAAAUUGUAUGCUAAGUUUUUUGAGAACACAGCAGGAGCAUUUUCUUGUUAUUCAUAAGUAACGAUCAUUCAAGCACUGUUUACAAGACUAGACAUCAAUGAAAGCAGUUACGUGAAGCAAUUUCAGCAAGAUGCUACAGAUGUUACACAUAAAUCACGACUGGCAGCAGUUUAAAAAGUGUCAAUUUAAUGUGAUUUUUUUGGGGGCGGGGGGGUCAUUUUCAAGUAGCAGAGUGAUUUCAGUCAAAUUGAGGGUGAAAUUGGACGAACUGAGAGAAGGUACAAUUUACUGAUAGCAGCCUCUUCUAAAAGUUAUUACAGCCUCAUAAAAGAAUUCCAGAAAAGGCGGACCUAGUGUGUUCUUUGCAAAGAACAUGCUCAGGUCAAUUCAUCACAAAGUCAUCCUCUUUGACCCUUGGUGAAACUGUAAAAUCCUGUUUUUGUGAAAAUGAUACGAAACAAACUUUACUCAGGCUAGUAUGAAGAGGACUGUCAAACAUGCUUGAAAACUCAUGAUUCUGCUUAAUUAUAACUACAAAUAUUGGCCAAUUAUUACUGAGUACAUAAUGCAGCUCUUACUAAAUGUUUCAAUGCUGUGAUAUCUUUUUAUUUUAUUUCUAUUUUUUUGGUAAGGCCCUGAAAACACUGCUUUUUCACUUAUGGAACUGAAGUGAUUGUUCACAACUUGUGGAAUAAAGUCCAGAGUGAAAUGGCAGCA